AUGCCACCUUCACAGCUAAAGCAGCUGAAGGCGUCCCUUAAGGACAGUGGGGUUAUUACUCCCCAGCAGUCCAAGAAACAGAAGCGCCAGAAUGCGAAGACUGGUGUUACUGCGCAGAAUCGCAACCAGCGCGCUGCCGCCUUGCAAGCCAUUCGCGACCGGUUCAACCCUUUUGAAAUCAAACAACCCUCACGAAGCAAGUUCGAGGCCACUACUCGCGAUGGAAACUCGAAGUCUACCGGGCAGGCCCGUCCAGGUGUCACCAAAUCCCUAGGCGAAGAAAGACGCCGUGCCACCCCUUUGAAGGAAAUGAACACCAAGAACAAAGUCGGUGGACUUGUCGAUCGUCGAUUCGGUGAAAACGACCCUAGUAUGACACCCGAGGAACGAGCCGCAGAGCGAUUUGCGCGAGAAAAUCAGAGAAAAAUGCGCAAGGAUUCCAUGUUCAACCUGGAGGAGGAUGAUGAUGAGUUCCAGCUCACGCAUAUGGGUCAAUCUUUGCCCCUCGAUGGAACGAAUGUGGAUGAUUUCGAGGCAGAGGCGGAGGGCUUGGAUGCCAUGGAUAUCCAGGAUUCCGACGACGAGGCUUCACGCAAGCGCAAACGAUUUGUCGCUGAAGAUGAGGAGGAUAUUGAGGACUUUAUUGACUACGAUGGGGAAGACCAGCCUGAUCGCAAGAAGUCCAAGGCCGAGGUCAUGAAAGAAGUCAUUGCCAAGUCUAAAUUCUACAAACACGAGCGGCAACAGGCCAAGGAUGAUGAUGAUGAUUUGCGAGACGAACUCGACAAAGAACUUCCUGAUCUUUAUGAAGCCCUGCGAGGCAUCAAAGCACCUGCUAAGCCCGAACCUGUCAAGAACGAUUUGGACGCCAUGAAUCCUGAACGAGCCGCCAUGUUGCAGGCUCCCGAGAAGACGAAUACAGAGAAGCAGUACGAUCAAAGACUCAAAGAAUUGACAUUUGACGCCAGGUCUAGACCAACAGAUCGUACAAAGACCGAGGAGGAGAAGGUAGAAGAAGAGGCAGAAAGACUGAAGAAGCUGGAAGAGGACCGUCUUAAGAGAAUGCGCGGCGAGAAGGUUAGCGACGAUGAAGAGGAAGAGGAUGAGGACUCAUUUUUCAAUGACGAUGACGAAGAAGAAGAGAUUGAUGAUGCAGCGGUAUUUGGCCUUCCUUCAUUCGAACCACGCCCUCAGCUAGCUGUAGAGGAUGAGGAUGAUUUCGUCAUUGACGACGACCUUGUGGAGACAAGGUCAAAUGCCAAUCUCUCUAUGGAUGGCAGUGAUGAUGACGAAGAGGAUAUUUCAGAAGAGGAGGAGGAAUCUGAAAAUGAAGAUGAGCUCAUCAAUGGAUUGACAUUGCCUGCUGCAACUGCUGCCGGUGCCGCAUCGACAGCUGUUGAAGUUAACCAAACUGCUGAUGGUAAAUUGGCAUUCACAUACCCAUGUCCCGACAACCACGAUAGCUUCCUCAGAAUUGUCGAGAACGUUCCUGAGCAGGACAUCCCGACUGUCAUUCAGCGCAUUCGUGCCUUGCAUCACCCUCGUCUCCAGCCUGGCAAUAAAGCUAAGCUGGGCAGAUUUUCCGAGAUUCUCGUUGAGUAUAUCGCAUAUCUGGCCAACGAGACGGAUCAGCCCUCCUUCUUCCUUAUCGAGAAUAUCCUGCGCCAUGUUCACUCACUAGCCAAGAUUCACCCUCUCAAUGUGGCCACUGCCUUCCGUGCGCAUCUACGCGAGAUGUCGGACGAUCGCCCUCUCAGCUUCCUUCCCGGAGACCUGGUUAUUUUAAUGGGUAUCUCAACCAUCUUCCCGACAUCGGAUCAUUUCCAUUCUGUGACUACGCCUGCUCACUUGUGUCUUGCUCGGUUCUUGGGCCAGUGCUCGUCUAACACCCUUUCCGAAUUCACAUCUGGUGCUUUCGCCACAAGCUUGUGUCUUCAAUAUCAGACAGUCGCGAAGAGAUAUAUGCCUGAGUUCAUCAACUAUGUUCUCAACGCCAUAUGUAAUCUUGCACCUACUGAGAUACCAUUCGACCUUGGAUUCUUCCCAUUCCGCAAGACUCAGAAAUCCAUCCGUCUUGCAGCCUCCAAGAAGGUUACUCCACACAAACUUCAGUUCCAAAAUGUUCUCACCCUCCCCUCAGAUCCCCAAGCUGUGGAAGACCUAAAGAUCUCCCUUAUCACCACCUUUGUCUCUCUUCUCGACGUUGCCUCCGAUAUUUGGGCCGAGAAGUCUGCAUUCACAGAAAUCUUCACCCCAGUCCGAGAUGUCCUGCAGACCCUCCGCCAAUCAUUCAAGAACAAGCUCUAUUCAGCAGCCCGGGACCCAAUCCAAUCGACCUUGGACAAGGUCAACUCCCACCUUUCUAAGGCCCGCCUGACCCGCCGCCCACUCCUCCUCCACGACCACCGCCCCUUGGCCAUCAAAUCCGCCAUCCCCAAGUUCGAGGAAAACUUCAACCCGGACAAGCACUACGAUCCGGAUCGCGAGCGUGCCGAGACCAACCGUCUCAAGGCAGAGAUCAAGCGCGAGCGCAAGGGUGCUAUGCGCGAAUUGCGCAAGGAUGCCAGCUUCGUUGCCCGCGAGAAGCUGCGCGAGAAGAAGGAGCGCGAUUCAGCGUACGAGCAGAAGUACAAAAAGCUUAUUGCCGAAAUUCAGAGCGAGGAGGGCCGUGCAGCCAACGAGUACGAGCGAGAGAAGAGGGGUCGUGGCAAGAAAUAG